UACGUAGACAGGGGCCGCCCCGUGGUUGGAGGGUUGGAGCUGUGGCCGCUGUCACCGGUGAAGUGAUGGCAGUGGAAGAGCUCACAGCACUCACACUGUUAUGAGAAGAGGACGGGGAUGGCGGACAAACCUCUCACGCUCUUUGUGAAACUAUGUGCCGCCGGGUUUUACGGUCUCAGCUCCUUUUUCAUCGUGAUAGUCAACAAAAGCGUGCUCACCAACUACAGAUUUCCAUCUUCAAUAUGUGUCGGAAUUGGCCAAAUGUUGGCUACAGUGGUCGUGUUGUGGGUGGGCAAGGCGGCCAGGGUGAUCACCUUCCCCGACUUUGAUAUGACCAUACCUCGCAAGACAUUCCCUCUACCUCUUCUGUUUGUGGGGAAUCAAAUCACGGGGCUCUUUGGGACCAAAAGACUAAAUCUUCCCAUGUUUACAGUUCUCAGGAGGUUUUCUAUUUUAUUCACAAUGCUGGCGGAGGGCUAUCUUUUGAAAAAGAAGUUCUCCAGACCGGUGCAGUUGACAGUAUUCACUAUGAUCCUUGGGGCAUUCAUAGCAGCCAGUGCUGACCUGGCGUUUGACCUACAAGGCUAUGUGUUUAUUCUUCUAAACGAUGUUCUCACUGCAGCUAAUGGGGCCUAUGUCAAGCAAAAACUAGAUACUAAGGAGCUGGGCAAAUAUGGAUUACUAUAUUACAAUGCAUUAUUUAUGAUUAUACCCACUAUUUUACUGGCUGAAGUGACUGGGGACAUGCAGAAGGCUGUGGAGUAUGAAGGCUGGUCAGAUGCACUAUUCCUCUCACAAUUCAUUUUGUCUUGUGUCAUGGGAUUUGUUCUGAUGUACUCCACCGUGCUCUGUACACAGUACAACUCAGCACUGACGACUACAAUAGUGGGCUGCGUCAAAAAUGUGCUGGUUACUUACAUCGGGAUGGUGUUCAGUGGAGACUACAUCUUCUCAUGGACCAAUUUCAUAGGCCUAAACAUCAGUAUUGCAGGCAGCCUUGUGUACUCCUACAUCACGCUAACAGAGGAUCAGACCAACAAAGCAAACGAUAACAACAAACUGGACAUUAAGGGCAAGGUCAUUGUAUGACACUGAAACACUGGAUCAAUUAAUUUUUAUGAAAUGGACACCUCUAUUUUUAGUACAGCUUAUUUAUAUAUGGUACAAUGUUUAAGUGUUUCAAUGAAAUGGUGUUGAAAAACUCUGCAGCUGCCAUAGAGCCAAAACCUCCCAUACAGAUUUGGGAUUUUUUUUCUGAUUUUAUUUUUUAUUUUAGAGAUUUAUUUAGAUGUUUCUUUUUAGUGAUGGUACUGUGAGUAUUGACAGGGAGAUAAAAGGGGAAUUUACAUUUUUAUUAAGAUGGUAAUAAGGUAGAUAAUACAGGCACAUGUAAACUAAGGAAUAUUGUGGAAAAGUGCUACAUACUUAUUGCUAUAUUUAUUUAAAGACUUUGUAUGGUGAUGAUUAAAACCAAUAUUUAGUAUUUCAUAAAGAUUAAUAUGAAAUAAAAUCUCAUAAAUUUUAUACCAGACGCCCUGGAGAAUUUGGAUUGGCAUAUAAGCAGGUACUUGCCAUCCCUUGUGGCUUGUUUCAUAAUUAUACUGUAAAUGCCUAAAAUACCCCUUUCCCUUUUUAAUCAACCCAUUUAAAUAAUUGUAUGUUUCCGCAAUAUUCUAACCCUCUUGUGCCUUUGUAGUUUGCCAAAAUGAUUGGAAGUGACAUAACUUAUGAAUAUUAUUUUAAAGGUCCCAUAUUACUCUGUUUUCUGAUCUUAGUUAUAAUGUUGUUUCGUCCUCACAAACAUACCUACAUAUUUUAGCUGAGAUCUUUUCUCAAACUGAAAACACUCCAUGCCACCUUAUGAUGUCAUGUGGUAAUACAGGAAGUGCCCCACUGUGUUUUUAAACCCCAUGCAGUUAGACUACUAGAAUCAUUUGGAUCAUUUCAUCCCUGGAAUUGCAAUCUCUACUGAACAAAAGGUAGAAUGUAGCUGUUAACUUGAAAACUACCACUUCCUAACAUCACAAGGUGUAACAGAGUAUUUUGAGCUAACAACAUUCUAACAGGACUUAAAGCUCACAAGAGUCAAUUUUGUGUGAUAUAGGACCUUUUUUUCUGUUUUGCUGUUUACAGUGAAUGCAACUUGGGAUGCCUUCAAAGCACAGUGACAUGCACUGUCUCAUUUCUGCUGGUCUUUUUCCUUAAUUAUUAUUUUGGUUGCACAUAUCUUGCUUUAGGCCUUUCAUAGACGGACAAAUAGAUGUCUGAGAUCAAAUAGAUGUGCCCUGUAGUUUUUCAGCCCUUGUGGUGUCGCCAGCCUAUUUUAAAUUGGUUGGAAUGUGGGUAGGCAUUUCCCAUUGAGUAUUGGUUCAUUACUAACUUCAGCGUUUACAUAUCACUCCUUCAGUAUUAGUGAAUGUUUUGACUAAAAUGGCUGUAGCAGAUUCUCUAUGCACAGAAUAACAAGAUUUUUUUGUUUUUGUUUUUGUACAUGGAGACAUUUUCUCUUUAUCGCACUUUGAAGUGGUAUUGGUAUCGAGAUCACGUUACUUUGAAAAGUACGAGGUUACUGUGCUUUACUGUUACUGUUCAUUUGUAUUUUGAGACUAGACGUUUAACAGUCAGGUACAAGGGUUGACUUUUUCUAUAUUUUGUAUUUAUUUUGUUUAGAUACCUUUCAGGGGAAGUGUAUUGUCUCAAACCCAUAACAAAAGAGUGAUUUAUUUCAGUGUCAAAAUUAAGAUUAGUUUUUGUGAAUAAGGUCAUUUUGAAAUUAUAUUAUACAUGUUUUGUAUAAAGAUUUUUACAUUAAACAUUUUAAUACACUUUA